GUGCGUGUGUUCCGUAGAUUAAGUGACCAUGAGAUCAACGAUCGUGUUGCUCAAGGUUUGCAUCUUCACGCUGUUAGCACUGAUCAUAACCCUCCGCCCUUUGAUUCCUGCCAUCCUGACUUCACUCCACCCAGACGCGCUUCACUUCCUCUCUCACCACAAACUCCUCCUCCUCUCCCUCCUCUGGUGCACCACCGUCUUCCUCCUCGCCUACUUCUCGACCCGGCCCCUCCCAGUCCUUCUCCUCGACUACACCUGCUUCAAGCCCGACCUCGACCAGCGAUGCAGCCUCGAGGUGUGCGAGUAUCUCGGCCUCCGCAGCGGCCGCUUCUCCCCCACCAGCGCCGACUUCAUGCGUGCCAUCUACCGCAAGUCCGGCCUCGGCGACGAGACCUACUCCCCUCCCUUCUUCUUCCAGACCGACUACGACGCCAAGUUUCACCAUGCCAUCCUCGAGGCAGAGCAGGGCAUGUUCUCCGCCGUCGCCUCCCUCCUCGCCAAGACCGCCGUCCACCCCUCCCGCAUCACCGUCCUCAUCGUCGCCUGCAGCAUGUUCGCCCCCUCCCCCUCCCUCUCUUCCCUCAUCGUCCACCGCUUCCGGCUGCCCCCCUCCGUCAAGACCUUCACCCUCGCCGGCAUGGGCUGCAGCGCCGGCACCACGUCCAUCGACCUCGCAGCCAGGAUCCUCCGCCGCCGGGUAGGCUACGCUCUUAUAGUCGCCACCGAGAACACCAGCCUCAACUGGUACUUCGGCGACAGCCGCCCCAUGCUGGUCACCAACUGCAUCUUCCGGGAGGGGACGGCCGCGGCGCUCGUCACCAGCGACCCCGCCCGACGGGGCGACGCCAAGAUGGAGCUCGUCCGCACCCUCCGCACCCACCACGGCGCCGACGACGCAGCCUACAACGCCGCCAUCCAGAUGGAGGACGAGGACGGCAAGGUCGGCGUCGCGCUCACCAAGGACUUGGUCCAGGUGGCCGGCACCGGACUCACAAGCCACAUCUCCACCCUCGCCCCACGAGUCCUCCCGGUCUCCGAGCUUCUACGGUACCUCUACAGCGUGACGAGGUCGUUCAUGGCGGGGGAGCGCAAGGUGGUGCACGUGCCGGACUUCACCAAGGCGUUCGAGCACAUGUGCAUCCACUCCGGCGGGAAAGCGGUGAUCGACGCGGUAGGAAAGAUAAUGCGGUUCGACGACGGCGUGACGGAGCCUGCCCGGAUGUGCCUGCACCGCUUCGGGAACACGUCGAGCAGCUUGGUGUUCUACGAGCUGGCCUACUUCGAGGCCAAGGGGAGGAUAAAGAGUGGGGAUAGGGUGUGGAUGCUGGCGUUUGGAACGGGGUUCAAGGCCUGUAGUGCGGUGUGGAGGGCGUUGAGGGACUCCGGGAUGGAUCCGGACAAUCCAUGGAAGGACUGCAUCCAUAGGUAUCCUGUGCUGCAGUGGCAUGCACCAUCAAAGAAGUAG